CAACCGGCGGACAGUUCAGGAGUUGGCAGACCUUGUGUCUGCAAAGAAGCCCGACUUUAUUUUUAUUUUGGAAACUAAAGAAUGCUGCACCUUGGAGAUUCACUGGAUUUUAUGGUAACCCUAAAAGGGAUCAGCGUGGCAGCUCUUGAGAUCUUCUUCGGUCUCUUAAACAUCAUUCCUCGUUACCUUGGGCUGUUAUGGGUGACUUUAAUGAUCUGUGUUCAGUUAGAGAGAAGAAGGGGGGCUGCCCUCAUCCGAUUUCGCUUAUAUCAGGGUUCAAUCAAGCUCUUGAGGAUUGCGGUCUUUUCGAUUUAGGGAUGAUUGGUUAUCCCUUCACUUGGGAACGAGGUCGUGGUUCGCAUAACUGGGUUGAGGAACGACUUGAUCGUGUCGUGGUCUCUAGGGCGUGGAGGUAUUUGUUUACACAAGCCUGUGUGUUCAACAACUUCAUGAGAACUUCUGAUCAUGCAGCGUUACAUUUAUGUCUUGACCGUGCGAUUCGGGUGCACAAGGUUAGGAGAUUUCGGUUUGAAAAUGCUUGGAUGCGUGAUACUGGUUUUAAGGAUGUCUUGACAGAGGCUUGGCGUGAUUCGAAUGGGGAGCCUUUCUCAGAUAGACUGGCUGCUUGUGGGAAGAGACUGAUGCGCUGGGGAGGGAAUAAAUUCCAACACUUUGGUAAAAGGCGUAAAGAACUGGAAAAACUGAUUGGUGGUAUAAGGGGGAAGCGUGAUGACCAGAGUCUUUUAGAUCUUAAUCGUGCUGAAAAGGAGCUUGCCUGUUUAAGGGACCAAGAGGACCUAUAUUGGCGACAAAGGGCGAAGCAACACUGGCUUAAUUCUGGUGAUGCUAAUACCCGGGUUUUUCACCAAUAUGCGUCUCACCGAAAGCGAAAGAAUUUUAUUCAUGGGCUUAAGGGUUCGGAUGGAGUCUGGCAUGCUGGGAAUUCCUUAAAAGCUUUGAUUACAAAGUAUUUUAAGGACAUCUUUACGUCUAAGGGGGUUGCUGACUCCUUGUUUUUUGACUCCAUUGUCCCGCGGGUUGUGGCAAAAAUGUUGGCAAACCGGUUGAAACCUAUACUCCAGCAAAUCAUUUCUGAAAGUCAGUCCGCUUUCCUUCCGGGCCGUCUCAUCUCAGAUAAUAUUUUGUUGGCGGCCGAGAUGGGGCAUUUUCUGCGUAGGAAGAGGACAGGCUUGACGGGUUGGGUGGGCUUGAAAACAAGGUCAGUGAAGGCAACACUCGAGGAGGCUGUGGUGGUCAAGAGAUGCUUAUCGGAGUAUGAGAGGUUGUCCGAGCAGGUUGUAAACUUUAGAAAAUCCAGCAUUUGUUUCAGUCGCAACACCCCCACUCCGACAAGAGACUUUUUAUCUCAAUUUUUUGAUGUGGAGCAAGCUUCCGAUUUUGGUAAAUAUCUUGGUCUCCCCCCUUUCAUGGGAAGAAAUAAAGCUAAUGUGUUCUCAUAUAUCCAUGAUAAAAUUCGUGUGCGGAUGAGUGGGUGGUCAAAGAAGCUUCUCUCGAAGGUCGGAAAGGAAAUUCUGCUGAAGACAGUUGCGCAAGCUAUGCCUCAGUUUGCUAUGAGUGUUUUUUUGUUACCAUCUCAACUUUGUCAGAGUAUUGAAAAGCUUAUGAACUCCUUUUGGUGGGGUGGGAAAGGGCAGAAUUCUAAAGGGAUCCAUUGGAUGUCUUGGACAAGGAUGGCAGUACCAACGAAUUUUGGUGGUUUGGGCUUUAAACAGGUGAGAGCUUUUAAUGUGGCAAUGCUGGGAAAACAGGGGUGGAGGUUUCUCACCCGACCUGAGGCACUUGUCUCUCGGGUUUUUAAAGCAAUGUACUUUCCUACGUCUUCAUUUUUGGAGGCUCGUUUGGGGGCUAAUCCUAGUUCUUUCUGGCGGAGUAUUUUGGAAUCACAAUCACUGCUUUUGGAGGGUAUCCGUCGUAGGGUGGGUAAUGGUCGGGACACUUUGAUAUGGGGCAGUCCUUGGCUUAAUGAUUCUCAACAACCUUGUAUCCUUACGGAGAGACCACCGUUUACGCCCAAUCUCCCAGUAAAAUUUCUGAUUGAGUCUGGUUCGGGUCAUUGGAAGGAGGAAGUGGUGCGGGAAUGGUUCUUGCCUGUUGAUGUGCAACGCAUUCUUGCACUACCUUUGGGCACCAUCAGUGAUGAUAACUGGUACUGGGAAGGGCCGUCCCAGGGAGCUUAUUCGGUGAAAGAAGGUUAUCAGCGUUCGGUCGGGGAGUUUACGGUCUGUCCGGGUUUUUCAAAGUGGCGUCAACUUUGGCGGGUUUCAGUGGCUCCGAAGCUCAAGGUCUGUGUGUGGCGAGCUCUUCGGGACAUUCUUCCGACCAUCUCUUCUCUUAACUCUAAAGGUUUUCAUUGCUUGAACUUCGUCCAGUCAUCGUGGGGGUUUGGGCGAUCUGGAAAGCACGCAAUAAGGCGGUUUGGGAGAGGCAGGUGCCCACGCCUCAGUCCACGGUGUGUUUGAUCUGGAAGCUGUGCAAGGAGUGGCAUGAGCGGGCUGUGCCGGAGGCUACCUCAGGUGCAGUGGUAGGGGCUGGGCGGGCAGUGUCGGGGG